AUGGCCAAAGAUGUAGAAACCCCCACGGCCUGUACAACAUCAACAACACCAACCGAAGAUGACAGUGAAGAAACCACCAAAACGAGCAGCCAACAGGAUAAAUCAAAAUCCACCAAUUUAACUAAUCACUGCAGUAUUUGUCGACAACAUUUUCUAACACUACAAGAAUGUCUGCGACAUGAAUUACUCGAACAUAGUCUGCAAAAGAAAACGGCCGUUAAGAGUGGUGCAAAUGUUGAAAGUCGUCUAAAGGCCACCGCAAAAUCUCUGAACUCGCAAGAAAAACAAGAUGAACGUAAACGCGUCCAUCAAGCUUUACAGAAUUGUCCCAAGGGACAAGAAUUGCCGGCCAUAAUGAAAUAUCUUUGUAUGGACCCAGAAAGUUUGAUAUUAAUAUUUACACGUGUCCAGACAUGCUUGGAAAAGGAGUUGAGAUCGCUGGGAACUGUACGAAUAUUUCCAUUUGGUUCGAUUGCCAGCCGUUUGGCAUUGAGAGAUGCCGAUAUCGAUGUGUAUCUCGAUGCCUCACAAAUCCCCACUCGAGACUUUAGCCAAUCGCCGAAACAUCGCCGCCUCAUGAGCACAGAUGGCAAACAGACGGCACAACAACGUGGUGCCUUUAAUCGUAUCAAUGCAGCUCUACAUCGUAGUCCACAAUUUCUAGACGUUUUUGCCAUACGCAAUGCCCGUGUGCCGAUUAUCAAGUGUAAACAUCGUGAUACCGGAUUCAGUAUUGACAUCAAUAUUUCAUGUCCCAGCAGUAUGGAGAAUACCCAGUUCAUUAGUGAAUUGGUACAAUGUGAUCGACGGCUACACGAACUGCUGGUAUUCCUUAAAUUGUGGGCCAAGAAUAUGCAAAUUAUUGGCCGGGCCAAUAUGACCAGUUAUUGUUUGAUAACAAUGAUUAUUUUCUAUUUGCAACAACCUCUGAAAUCAUCAGGAGGUGGUGGAGGAGGAGGAGAGAAACGCAUCCUCAAGUCUAUCCAAUUUUUACAAAAAGACUGCCAACCCCGUCUAGUACAGGGUAUAAAUUAUUCAUUCGAUUUGAAGACGUUGACUAAUAAACCAAAAAUACCAAAAAUCUGCUCCACGCUAGAUUUGAUACGAGGAUUUUUCAACUUUUAUAAAAAUUAUAAUUUUGAAGAUAAUCUCAUAUCCCCAUUCUAUGGCAAAUCGAUUCCCAAGGAUGAUUUCAAAGAGGAUAAUUUCAAGGAAUAUGGUAGGCAAUUAGUAACCGUAGCUCAAUAUAUGGAUGGCAUACCGCCAGAACCUAUACAAUUGGAUCGUUGUAUGUGUGUACAGGAUUCAUUUGGCUUAAAUCACAAUGUGGCCAGGACAAUGUUGCCACCCAAUAAGAAAUAUUUCCUAAUGUGUAUAGAAAAUGCAGCAACAAUAUGUGAAAAACGCAAUAAGUCUACAACCGCGGAAAUUUUGGAACAAUUAUUAUAUGAAACUAUUUCAAUACCCAAUCCAAGUGUUGAAAAACAAAUUGUUGUGACGCAGCAAGCUACAAAUGGAUCAAACGUUACCACCAACAAAAGCAGUUCUGAGUCUUCUUCAACACAAUGUCUCAGUCAUGUUAUGUUACCAUCAAAAGCCGAUUUAAAUGCCAUUGCCAAUAAUAAUCCAACCAUAGCUCAGGAACCUUUAGACAUUCUGCGUUACUGGUGCGAUCACUACAAACAGAUCAUACAAAAAAUUCUAGCAGAUUUCUUUCACAUUGAAUUGCAACCGGAUUCGCAUACGCCACAAAAACAACAACGUUUGGAAAAUGAUGACCUCUCCACAAGCUGGCACAUGAGUGCCAGUGUAGAUUUGUGGUCAAAUCGUUUCUUUCAAAAAACCACUCAACAAACAUUCUGGGAAUAUCAAAUGGCUCAAACGGAACGUUUGCACAGCAUACGGCGACAAGAUUCGAAAUUUGCUGUACAAAUUAAUGCCAUACUUAAUAUUAGCAUAGAAUCGGAUUACAGCAGUAUUACGGUAAAAGUUACUCUCCCAGAUGGUGCCCCAAUAACGAGUCUGAAUAAAAAGGAUCCUUUACGUAAAUUUUUCAAUAUUUUCCGUAAUACAAUGCAAAAUUAUAGCCUUAAAGAUGCUCUAACAAUGGAACGACUAAAUGAUGGAAAGUCUACAAAGAAGGAAGUGGCUCUCGAAAGUAGUGACGAAAAAUCGGAAUUAGCAGAAAUGACAUCUUAG